UUUUUUUCCAAUAAAGAAAGCCCUCUUCAUUGGUGAAAUAAUAUAAAAAAAGGCAGCCUCCAUCAUUUUUGUUUUUCUGUCCCCAAAGUAUCUUUGUUUUCCUCCUUUAUUUUGUUUUAUUAUUACAGCUUAUCUAUAUUUCCGGCGAUCUAAAGUAACGCUUCUAUCGCCUACGUUUUGGCUUGUGAAUUGUGGAAAUGUAGGUGGAGUAAUCAAAAGGUAUUUUGGACAUGUGGUUAGUUAUUAUUUAGGUCCAUGUGUGUGUUGAUUUAUGCUGAGGUGUUUGGUGAUAUGGAGGCCAAGUUUGGGGGAAAGAUUCACCAGUUUUAUGGUCCAGUUGUUCCAGAUUUGGGGGCAGGUGGAAAAAAGGCUAUGGAAUGGGAUUUAAAUGAUUGGAAGUGGGAUGGUGAUUUGUUUACAGCUGCUCCACUGAGUUCCGUGCCGUCUGAUUGUCGGAGCAGACAGUUGUUCCCCAUAGGAUCAGAUAUUCCUGGUGUCUCCAAUAGUUCUGAUGAAAUGGCAUUGGGAUAUGACAAGGGAAGGAAGGAAUUGGAGAAAAGGAGACGGGGUGUUGUAAGUGAAAGUGAUGAUGAAGCUCCGUCGCUUAAUUUAAAGCUUGGUGGGCAGUUGUAUCCAAUAAUUGAAAGUGAGGAGGAAAAAUGGGAAGGCAAGAGUGGGAAGAAGACUAAAGUUGCUGGGCCUUCUUCGUAUCAUUCAGUAUGUCAAGCUGAUGAUUGUCAAGUUGAUUUGAGCAAUGCUAAGGAUUAUCAUCGACGACAUAAAGUGUGUGAUGUGCAUUCUAAAGCUGCUAAAGCUUUGGUUGGAAAUGUUAUGCAGAGGUUUUGUCAGCAGUGCAGCAGGUUUCAUGUUCUGCAAGAGUUUGAUGAGGGGAAGCGGAGUUGUCGUAGGCGUUUAGCAGGUCACAAUAAACGGAGAAGAAAGACACAUCCAGAAAAUGUAGCUAACGGCGCCUCUGUGAGUGAUGAGCAGGGUAGUAGCUACUUAUUAAUUAGUUUGCUGAGGAUACUGGCGAAUAUACACUCCAAUAACUCAGAUCAAACUAAGGAUCAGGAACUACUGUCCCAUCUGCUGAGAAACCUAGCUAGUCUACCUACUGCAACUAACGAGAAGAAUGUUCCUGGCCUGUCGUCUUCAUCUCCAGAUCUACGAAAGGCAGGGACAUCUGGGGGGAAUUGUAUCAAGGACUCUCCUCAGCCAGCUGGGCAAUCCUUGAGUAUACCUGCACAAGAAGUGAGAGAGAAGAGAGUGGGAAUGAGCAGUGCUGAUUGUGGGAUUCCACAAAAUCAUUCUGUUUCACAACCUGAUUCUUUCUGCUGUAUAAAAGAAAGCAUACCUUCCAAUGCAAAUGUUUCAACUGCUUCGCUUGCAGGGACAAAAUUGAAUAACAUUGAUUUGAAUAACAGCUAUGAUGAUUCUCAAGAUGGUAUUGGAAAGCUGUAUAAACCUGAUGCCACUGCGAACCUAGGUAAUGGAUAUCCUGGAUCUCCUCUAUGGUUAUCUCAAGAACCUCAUAAGUCAAGCCCUACGAGGAUAAGUGGGAAUUCGGGUUCCACCUCCACCCUUUCGCCAUCUAAUUCCAGCGGGGAGGCUCAGAGUCGCACAGAUCGAAUUGUUUUUAAACUCUUCGGGAAAGAUCCUAGUGACUUCCCUACGACCUUGCGAAAACAGAUUCUGGAUUGGUUAGCGCACAGUCCUACAGAUAUUGAAAGCUACAUUAGACCUGGAUGCAUCAUAUUGACAAUGUAUCUUCGGAUGGAUAAAUCUUUAUGGGAGGAGCUUUAUUGUGAUCUUAGCUCUAGUUUGACAAAACUUCUCGAUGCAUCCGCUGAUUCAUUUUGGAAAACUGGAUGGAUUUAUACUAGAGUGCAGCAUCGUGUGGCAUUUAUUUUUAAUGGGCAGGUUGUUCUGGAUACUCCCUUGCCGGUUAAAAGUCAUAGAAGCUGUAGGCUGUCAAUUAUCAAACCACUUGCAGCAUCCUUCUCUAAGGAGGUUCAGUUUUUGGUUAAAGGCUUCAACCUAUCUCAACCAACUACAAGGUUACUAUGUGCCCUGGAAGGGAAAUAUCUUGUGCAUGGUAGUUGUACUGAUAUGAUGGGAGGAGUUGAUUCUUAUAUUGAGCAUGAAGAGAUGCAGUCCCUUAGCUUUCCUUGUCUUAUGCCAAAUAUUGCUGGCAGAGGGUUCAUUGAGGUUGAGGACCAUGGUCUUUGCAGUAGCUUCUUCCCUUUUAUAGUUGCAGAGGAAGACGUUUGUUCCGAAAUUCGUACGCUAGAAAGCAUUAUUGAGGUUGCCGAAACAGCUGAUGGUUUCCUGGGAGGAGCUGAGGAACAAGCUAAGGACCAAGCUUUGGACUUCAUACAUGAGAUGGGUUGGCUGCUUCACCGAAGUCACUUGAAUAUUAGAUUGGGUCCUGGUUCUGAUUUGAAUCUCAUCCCUUUUGGACGGUUCAAGUGGCUUAUUGAGUUCUCUACUGACCGUGCCUGGUGUGCUGUUGUGAAAAAACUGUUGGAUAUUUUCUUCAAUGGCAUUGUAGAUGUAGGAGAACACUCAUCACUUGACAUAGCUUUGCGGGAGGUUGCGGUCCUUCACCGAGCUGUAAGGGGAAACAGCAGGCCCAUGGUAGAAAUGCUCUUGAGAUACUGUCCUCAUGGAGUACUUGACAAAUCAGGGGUAGAAAAGCAGCAAGGUCAUGGUGGCUACUUGUUUAUACCUGAUUCGGUGGGUCCUGGGGGUUUGACUCCACUUCAUAUAGUUGCUUGUCUGGAUGGGUACGAGAGUCUUUUGGAGGCGUUAAUUGAUGAUCCUGGGCAGGUUGGAAUGGAAGCUUGGAAAAAUGCCUGUGACAGUACUGGAUUGACACCCAAUGAUUAUGCAUCCCUGCGAGGUCAUUACUCAUACAUUCAUAUCGUCCAGAAGAAAAUCAAUGAGAAGUCAGGCAGUGGGCAUGUUGUUGUCAAUAUCCCUGGUACUUUGUUGAGCAGCAGCUUCAAGCAGAAACUAGGAGAUAAUAAUAAGUCGGUAAAUGUUGGUAGUCUACAAACCGAGAAGUCUUUGAGGAAACCAGUUCAAAGACAUUGCAGACAGUGUGAGGGGAAAUUCUAUAAUGGAAACAUGGGAACAACAAAAGUUGCAAUAUACAGGCCGGCGAUGCUCUCAAUGGUGGCAAUUGCUGCCAUCUGCGUGUGUGUAGCUUUGCUAUUCAAAAGCUCACCAGAGGUUCUUUACGUGUUCAAGCCAUUCAGGUGGGAGCAGUUGAAGUAUGGUUCCAGCUAAAUACUAAUGUCAUGGUUGUACAAGAAUGUAGAGAUAGAUACCCAUGACUUUCUCUUCACAGUUAUAUAAUUUGGAAUAUAUAUUUUAUUGUCACUAUAUUCCAUUUGUAAUGUAAUAAAUUAGAGGAGCUCUUACUAGUUAUGGUUAUUGUUUUUUCGUGUGGAUAGUAGAAUAUGUUGAUGCAUCUGCAAGUUCGCGGAAAUAUGUAGUCAAAUUAUAUGGAAUUUAAUGCAAAUUGUUUGCAGACUCCAUUUCAGCACACAA